GCCGCGACAACAAAUGCCGCAACAACUAAUUCAGCAACAAAUGCAGCAGCAACUAAUUCAGCAACAACAUCUGCAGUGACAGCAAAUGAAGCAACAACUAAUGCAGCAACAACAAAUGCAGUUACAAAUGCGGCGACAACAGAUGCAGUUACAAAUGCGGCGACAACAGAUGCAGCAACAAACGCAGUGACAACAAUUGCAGCAACAAAUGUUGUAACGAAAGCAGCAACAACAAAUGCAGCAACAACCAAUUUAGCAACCAAUGCAGCAACAAAUGCAAUGACAACAAAUGAAGCAACAACUAAUUCACCAACAAAUGGAGUUACAAAUGUGGCAACAACAAAUGCAGCAACUACUAAUUCAGCAACAAAUGCAGCUACAACAUCUGCAGUGACAGCAAAUGAAGCAACAACUAAUGCAGCAACAACAAAUGCAGCGACAAAUGCGGCAACAACAAAUGUCGUGGCAACAAAUGAAGCGACAACAAAUUCAGCAACAAAUGCAAUGACAACAAAUGCAGCAACAACUAAUUCAGCAACAAAUGCGGCAACAACGAAUGCAGCAACAAACGCAGUUACAAAUGUGGGGACAACAAAUGCAGUAACAAAUGCGGUGACAACAAAUGCAGCAACACUUAAUUCAGCAACAAAUGCAGUGACAACAAAUGCAGCAACAACUAAUUCAGCAACAAAUGCAGCGACAAAUGCAGCAACAACAUCUGCAGUGACAGCAAAUGAAGCAACAACUAUUGCAGCAACAACAAAUGCAGCGACAAAUGCGGCAACAACAAAUGCAGCAACAAAUGUCGUGGCAACAAAUGAUGUGACAACAAAUGCAGCGACAACAAAUUCAGCAACAAAUGCAAUGACAACAAAUGCAGUUACAAAUGCGGCGACAACAGAUGCAGCAACAAUCGCAGUGACAACAAUUGCAGCAACAAAUGCAGUAACAAAUGCAGCAACAACAAAUGCAGCGACAACCAAUUUAGCAACAAAUGCAGCGACAACAAAUGCAGCAACAACUAAUUCAGCAACAAAUGCGGCAACAACGAAUGCAGCAACAAACGCAGUUACAAAUGUGGGGACAACAAAUGCAGCAACAAAUGCAGUAACAAAUGCCGCGACAACAAAUGCAGCAACAACUAAUUCAGCAACAAAUGCAGCAGCAACUAAUUCAGCAACAACAUCUGCAGUGACAGCAAAUGAAGCAACAACUAAUGCAGCAACAACAAAUGCAGUUACAAAUGCGGCGACAACAGAUGCAGUUACAAAUGCGGCGACAACAGAUGCAGCAACAAACGCAGUGACAACAAUUGCAGCAACAAAUGUUGUAACGAAAGCAGCAACAACAAAUGCAGCAACAACCAAUUUAGCAACCAAUGCAGCAACAAAUGCAAUGACAACAAAUGAAGCAACAACUAAUUCACCAACAAAUGGAGUUACAAAUGUGGCAACAACAAAUGCAGCAACUACUAAUUCAGCAACAAAUGCAGCUACAACAUCUGCAGUGACAGCAAAUGAAGCAACAACUAAUGCAGCAACAACAAAUGCAGCGACAAAUGCGGCAACAACAAAUGUCGUGGCAACAAAUGAAGCGACAACAAAUUCAGCAACAAAUGCAAUGACAACAAAUGCAGCAACAACUAAUUCAGCAACAAAUGCGGCAACAACGAAUGCAGCAACAAACGCAGUUACAAAUGUGGGGACAACAAAUGCAGUAACAAAUGCGGUGACAACAAAUGCAGCAACACUUAAUUCAGCAACAAAUGCAGUGACAACAAAUGCAGCAACAACUAAUUCAGCAACAAAUGCAGCAACAAAUGCAGCAACAACAUCUGCAGUGACAGCAAAUAAAGCAACAACUAAUGCAGCAACAACAAAUGCAGUUACAAAUGCGGGGACAACAAAUGCAGUUACAAAUGCGGCGACAACAGAUGCAGCAACAAACGCAGUGACAACAAUUGCAGCAACAAAUGCAGUAACAAAUACAGCAACAACAAAUGCAGCAACAACCAAUUUAGCAACAAAUGCAGUGACAACAAAUGCAGCAACAAAUGCAAUGACAACAAAUGCACCAACAACUAAUUCAGCAACAAAUGCCGCAACAACGAAUGCAGCAACAAACGCAAUUACAAAAGCGGGGACAACAAAUGCGGGGACAACAAAUGCAGUAACAAAUGCGGCGACAACAAAUGCAGCAACAACUAAUUCAGUAACAAAUGCAGCGACAACAAAUGCAGCAACAACUAAUUCAGCAACAAAUGCAGCGACAAAUGCAGCAACAACAUCUGCAGUGACAGCAAAUGAAGCAAAAACUAAUGCAGCAACAACAAAUGCAGUUACAAAUGCGGCGACAACAGAUGCAGCAACAAAUGCAGUGACAACAAUUGCAGCAACAAAUGCAGAAACAAAUACAGCAACAACAAAUGCAGCAACAACCAAUUUAGCAACAAAUGCAGCGACAACAAAUGCAGCAACAAAUGCAGUAACAAUUGCGGGGACAAAAAAUGCAGCAACAACUAAUGCAGCAACAAAUGCAGUGACAACAAAUGCAGCAACAAACGCAGUGACCACAAAUGCAGCAACAACUAAUUCAGCAACAAAUGCAGUGACCAAUGUGGGGACAACAAAUGCAGCAACAAACGCAGUUACAAAUGCGGGCACAACAAUUGCAGCAACAAUUGCAGUAACGAACACGGUGUCAACAAAUGCAGCGUCAACAAAUGCAGCGACAACAAAUGCAGCGACAACAAAUGCAGCGACAAAUGCAGCGACAAAUGCAGCGACAAAUGUGGCGACAACAAAUGCAGCAACAAAUGCAGUGACAGCAAAGGCAGUGACAACAAAUGAAGCAACAACAAAUGCAGCAACAAACGCAGUGACCACAAAUGCGGCAACAACAAAUGCAGCAACAAAUGCAGUGACAGCAAAUGCAGUGACAACAAAUGAAGCGACAACUAAUGCAUUAACAAAUGCAGUUACAAAUGCGGGGACAACAAAUGCAGUAACAAUUGCGGUGACAACAAAUGCAGCAACAACUAAUUCAGCAACAAAUGCAGCGACAAAUGCGGCAACAACAUCUGCAGUGACAGCAAAUGAAGCAACAACUAAUGCAGCAACAACAAAUGCAGUUACAAAUGCGAGGACAACAAAUGCAGUUACAAAUGCGGCGAUAACAGAUGCAGCAACAAUCGCAGUGACAACAAUUGCAGCAACAAAUGCAGUAACAAAUGCAGCAACAACAAAUGCAGCAACAACCAAUUUAGCAACAAAUGCAGCGACAACAAAUGCAGCAACAAAUGCAAUGACAACAAAUGUAGCAACAACUAAUUCAGGAACAAAUGCGGCAACAACGAAUGCAACAACAAACGCAGUUACAAAUGCGGGGACAACAAAUGCAGUAACAAAUGCGGCGACAAUAAAUGUAGCAACAACUAAUUCAGCAACAAAUGCAGUGACAACAAAUGCAGCAACAACUAAUGCAGCAACAACAAAUGCAGUUACAAAUGCGGGGACAACAAAUGCAGUUACAAAUGCGGCGACAACAGAUGCAGCAACAAACGCAGUGACAACAAUUGCAGCAACAAAUGCAGUAACGAAAGCAGCAACAACAAAUGCAGCAACAACCAAUUUAGCAACAAAUGCAGCAACAACAUCUGCAGUGACAGCAAAUGAAGCAACAACUAAUGCAGCAACAACAAAUGCAGCGACAAAUGCGGCAACAACAAAUGUCGUGGCAACAAAUGAAACGACAACAAAUGCAGCGACAACAAAUUCAGCAACAAAUGCAAUGACAACAAAUGCAGCAACAACUAAUUCAGCAACAAAUGCAGCAACAAAUGCGGCAACAACGAAUGCGGCAACAAACGCAGUUACAAAUGCGGGGACAACAAAUGCAGUAACAAAUGUGGUGACAACAAAUGCAGCAGCAAAUGCAGUGACAACAAAUGCAGCAACAACUAAUUCAGCAACAAAUGCAGCAACAACAUCUGCAGUGACAGCAAAUGAAGCAACAACUAAUGCAGCAACAACAAAUGCAGCGACAAAUGCGGCAACAACAAAUGCAGCAACAAAUGUCGUGGCAACAAAUGAAGCGACAACAAAUGCAGCGACAACAAAUUCAGCAACAAAUGCAAAGACAACAAAUGCAGCAACAACUAAUUCAGCAACAAAUGCGGCAACAACGAAUGCAACAACAAACGCAGUUACAAAUGCGGGGACAACAAAUGCAGUAACAAAUGCGGCGACAAUAAAUGUAGCAACAACUAAUUCAGCAACAAAUGCAGCAACAACUAAUGCAGCAACAACAAAUGCAGUUACAAAUGCGGGGACAACAAAUGCAGUUACAAAUGCGGCGACAACAGAUGCAGCAACAAACGCAGUGACAACAAUUGCAGCAACAAAUGCAGUAAUGAAAGCAGCAACAACAAAUGCAGAAACAACCAAUUUAGCAACAAAUGCAGCGACAAAUGCAGCAACAACAUCUGCAGUGACAGCAAAUGAAGCAACAACUAAUGCAGCAACAACAAAUGCAGCGACAAAUGCGGCAACAACAAAUGCAGCAACAAAUGUCGUGGCAACAAAUGAAACGACAACAAAUGCAGCGACAACAAAUGCAGCAACAAAUGCAAUGACAACAAAUGCAGCAACAACUAAUUCAGCAACAAAUGCAGCAACAAAUGCGGCAACAACGAAUGCGGCAACAAACGCAGUUACAAAUGCGGGGACAACAAAUGCAGUAACAAAUGUGGUGACAACAAAUGCAGCAACAAAUGCAGUGACAACAAAUGCAGCAACAACUAAUUCAGCAACAAAUGCAGCAACAAAUGCAGCAACAACAUCUGCAGUGACAGCAAAUGAAGCAACAACUAAUGCAGCAACAACAAAUGCAGCGACAAAUGCGGCAACAACAAAUGCAGCAACAAAUGUCGUGGCAACAAAUGAAGCGACAACAAAUGCAGCGACAACAAAUUCAGCAACAAAUGCAAUGACAACAAAUGCAGCAACAACUAAUUCAGCAACAAAUGCAGCAACAAAUGCGGCAACAACGAAAGCAGCAACAAACGCAGUUACAAAUGCGGGGACAACAAAUGCAGUAACAAAUGCGGUGACAACAAAUGCAGCAACAACUAAUUCAGCAACAAAUGCAGUGACAACAAAUGCAGCAACAACUAAUUCAGCAACAAAUGCAGCAACAAAUGCAGCAACAACAUCUGCAGUGACAGCAAAUGAAGCAACAACUAAUGCAGCAACAACAAAUGCAGUUACAAAUACGGCGACAACAGGUGCAGCAACAGACGCAGUGACAACAAUUGCAGCAACAAAUGCAGUAACAAAUGCAGCAACAACAAAUGCAGCAACAACCAAUUUAGCAACAAAUGCAGCAACAAAUGCAAUGACAACAAAUGCAGCAACAACUAAUUCAGCAACAACGAAUGCAGCAACAAACGCAGUUACAAAAGCGGGUACAACAAAUGCGGGGACAACAAAUGCAGUAACAAAUGCGGUGACAACAAAUGCAGCAACAACUAAUUCAGCAACAAAUGCAGUGACAACAAAUGCAGCAACAACUAAUUCAGCAACAAAUGCAGCAACAAAUGCAGCAACAACAUCUGCAGUGACAGCAAAUGAAGCAACAACUAAUGCAGCAACAACAAAUACAGUUACAAAUACGGCGACAACAGAUGCAGCAACAGACGCAGUGACAACAAUUGCAGCAACAAAUGCAGUAACAAAUGCAGCAACAACAAAUGCAGCAACAACCAAUUUAGCAACAAAUGCAGCAACAAAUGCAAUGACAACAAAUGCAGCACCAACUAAUUCAGCAACAACGAAUGCAGCAACAAACGCAGUUACAAAAGCGGGUACAACAAAUGCGGGGACAACAAAUGCAGUAACAAAUGCAGUGGCAACAAAUGCAGCAACAACUAAUUCAGCAACAAAUGCAGUGACCAAUGUGGCGACAACAAAUACAGCAACAAACGCAGUUACAAAUGCGAAUGCAGCGGCAACAAAUGCAGUGACGAAUGCGGCGACAAAUGCAGUGAUGAAUGCGGCGACAACAAAUGCAGCACCAAAUGCGGCAACGAUAAAUUCAGCAACAAACACAAAUACUAAUGCAACCACGAGAACGACGACAACAGUUGUUCCGGCUACACCAGCAGUGACAAGAAAACCAACAACAGUGCUGAGAACGACACAAAUCGGAACCACCGCCCUAAGUGCAACUGUCAUAACAAGAAGAGUAACGUUCCGAUCGCUUCAGAGCACUUUUAGCAGCGACUUGCUCAACUCAUCAUCACCUGCUUUCCAAGCAAGAGCGGCGAUGAUAAGAAUUCAGCUUCAACCUUUAUUCCAAAACGCAUUCCCUUCCACCUUUAGGCUGCUGAUCAUUGUGGCGUUCAGAAGCGGCUCGGUCAUCAACGACAUGGACCUGCAGUUUGCAAACACGUCACCAAACAACACGGAGAUUGCUCAAGUUUUGACCACCGCCUCGUCGAGCGUUACCGGUUUCGACAUCGAGCUGGCGUCCAUCACCGUGGAUGGAAUAGUUUCAAGUGGCGCCCCCCUGAGGAUCAGUGUGGUCACUGCAGGCUGCCUGCUCAUACUUUCCUGGCUCCUAUCACAACAAUAGCGUUCCAUCUAUGUGUUUAUGCAUGAAAAAAGCGACUUUGGUGAAACAAUUCAAUCGCUAAGACUGUUUUGAAUGCACUUCCUAAUGUAUUUAUAUGAAAUGUAACUGCAAAACUAAUAUAUAUUAAUAAACAGUAUGAUAUUUAAAAUGGCAUG